GCACCUUGUCAUUAUAUGUAGUACACUAGAUAGGGUGUAGAAGUCAUAACUUCGUAGUCGAUGUAGUGCACUUCUAUAGGGAGCAAAUAUUCAUUCAGGACUAAGCCCAAGUAGCAGUCGAUAGUAAAUAUACAAGACAUUGUAGCUUUAAACAGGUUUCCGGACAUUCACUCACUUAAAGCAGCUUUAAAGUAACUCAUUAGUAAACAUUUCCUGUCACAUAAGCGAUGCUGGUUAGGGAUUAAUCCGCCAUGCAGAGCGGCUCUUCAGCUUCAGCUGGCCUUGGCAGUCCUGCACCGGGUUUAUCUGGGGGACACAGCUCAGGGCUGGUGGACUCCGCCAUCGACCACUUCAUCAUCCGGAAUGAUUUUCACGCCGCGUUUGAUGCUUGUGAGAAGGGACUGGAGAUUUUAGCUAAAGCUGAUGAGCAGGAACAAAGCUGUUCCAGGCAUGGAGAGUUGAAAGCAGCGCUCUGCAUAGUUGGAAUUCAAGCUCUGGCCGAGUUAAACCAGUGGCAUGACGUCCUGACUUGGGUUUUGCAGCAUUAUGGCAAAACAGAGCAAAUUCCUGCAAAGAUCAUGCAGAUGUGCAUUCUUCUCUACACCAAGGUGUCUGAGCAGGCAGCGGUGCAGGAGGCAGUGCGAACUUGGCUACACUACUCCUCGAACAUGAGUCUGUCAGGUUACAGCAGCGUGGCCGAGCUCUACAUCCUGCAUGUUCUUCUGCCACUGGGUCAAACCGCAGAGGCCAAGGAGCUGCUGAAGGAUGAAGUGGGACAGGUUGCCUUUACUGAGGAUCAGAGACAAACUGCACUUACAAUACUCGAGAAUCAUGACGCUAGAAAGAUGAACCAUUCUGGUCCAAGCCCUGAUCCCGUCCCUGUGGAGGCAGAGAAAAUGAUUAUACCUCAAGGGUCAGUGGUCCGGAAGUUGAAUGCUGUUAUGAGGUUGUUGUACAGAGGACUGUCUCUGGCGGGUGUCACUGCCUGGUCACGCUUUAUUCACAGAACUGCUGUUCUGUUAUUCCUGCUCUACCUGCUGCUCAUACGUAUGGACCCAGCUUUGCCUUCAGCUUACCCAUGGAUCCUCCGGCUGUAUGGACUCUGGCAGCAGAUGUGGAAUGCCAUGUUUGGACCAUACUACAGGGCUUCUUCCUGAAAAACACAUUUGUGCACAAUAAGCUGUAGAAAAACAACAAAUGAUUGUGAAAACACCGCAAACAUGAUUAUGAUUAACACAACCAUGAUAUAUGUGCCUGGGACUGCUUGCACAGAAAGGCUCUUGAAAAGUCAUCACUUUGUGAUGUGUUUUGUGAAGUGUUUGUAACACAUACACCCUCAGAAAAAAGCUAAACUGUAUUUUUCCUUUUCACUGGUGUGGUAUGCUCAAGGGUAGGUCGUUUGUACCUUUAGUGUGUCCUUCACCUGGAAAGCAUGGAGUGAUCGUUUUCCACCUUUAAUAUAACAUAACACACAACCAAAUUCAAGUAAAAAAAAGCAAAUAGAAUGUAGUACAUCAUUCUAAAAGCUAAUAUAAGGUGCAGGCAUUGUCCUUAAGGUCCAAUUAAGUGUCUUAAAUCAUUAUUAAAGGUAUGCUACAUUCACAUUACCAUGUAGAAACUGAACUAAACUGGAAACUAAAGGUAUAAAAGAUGUACCUAAGUGAAAAGGAAAGGCACAUUUUAGUACCCUUUUUCCUGAGCAUGUACACUGCAAUUGAAGUUUGUUGCUCGCCGCACUAUUAUUCUUGAGAUUUUACCUUAUUUAAGAUUUAGGGUGUUGAACAUCUCUUGUUACUUAAUAAAAAUGAAGCGAUCCAGAGUUUACAGAUUCUGUAUGUCAGCAGAGGUUAAACUGGGAUGUGGGAGGUGGGGAAGCCAAACUUCUUUCAUGGAUGCCACCAAUGUGAGAACAGUACAAUUACCAGUUUGCAUAAGUGUGCACGUCUUUUCCAUAAUGGGGCAUGUUACUGUGUUCAGAUUUAACAAAUCGCAAUCAAACUCAUGUUAAAAAAUAAUUAUCUACCUGUCAUCAAUUAAGUGAUUCUGAUUAACCCCAAAUAAAGACCAGCUGCUUCUGUAGGA